AUGAAGAAGGUGGGCACGAGGAUCUCGCAUGCAGUGGCAGCAGGCUGGCGAUUCUUGAUGAGCCAGUUCUUCCACAGCAAGGACCGGAUGAAUGUCCACGAGUCGGAGCGCCUGAGUCUUGGGCACUUCUUCCUUGGGAAGCGCGAACACUUUCGUGAACACUGUUAA